UCCUGGGAAUUAUGAGGCCAUCUUGGAUGUGGCUUAUUCCCCCAAAAGGAGGGAAUUUGCUUUCUCUUGUAGCACUGGCCGAAUUUUCAUUUGUGCGUUCAACCCUUUUUGCACUGACCUGGUACUCCUGACUGAGCUCGGUGGGCACAAAGCCACUGUUGUGGCCUUGGUCUGGCAUCCACUCAAGGACAAGUGGGUCUUUGGGGCUGAAGAUGGCUCCAUUCAAAUCUGGAGUGAAGAUGGUGAAUGCUGUACACAAGACCUGACAGCCCCCAGGGGAAUCACUUGCCUUUGCAUUGAUCAGGCCAAUGGCUGCAUUGUUGCUGGAGUCCAUGACACCAUUAGGUACGUAUGGGAUCAUAUGGGAAGGGAUGAUAGGGCAGCCCAUCUUGAAUGUGUUUUGGCUGCCUCUUUUUCUCCUUACAGAGUUUAUGACCCAUGUUCUGGGGUACAAGUGCAGGCUUACACGGGGCAUCAAGACUCCAUCAAGAGUCUCAUCCAUGUACCAGAAAUGAAGCAGUAUGUGUCAGUCUCCCUGGAUGGUACAGCAUGCAUCUGGAAGGCCUAUCACCCAGGGGCAUAGCCUGAGGCCCAGUUCAUGUCGCAUUUUCCUUCUCCUGCUAUAAACCCUAUCUAAACUCUGAAGUCGGGGAUUCUCUGCAUCAACAUCAGUGAAAAUAUACAUUUACACACCUGCUGACUGCACAAGAAAGCCUGCAAACCCAUGAGUAGCUGUACCUAUGAGAUACUCAGAAACAAGAAAAUAUCUGGGUAGGGUUUCCAGCCAAGGAUGAGGUUUACACAGUGAUGAUUCCUGUCCUUCCCAUAAAUCCAUGUCCCCUUUGCCUAUCUUUCUUCUUCUGUUCUUCUGCUGUCAUGGAGCACAUAAAAAAUAAAAUAAAAAUGUUUUGUGAAAAUCCAUUGUUUGUAAUGAGAAUAAAUUAUGCCAGCUAAGUACAUAAAAGCCAGUAUGAAUACUCUCAAAACUUCAAUUUUGAGCUCAGCCUGGGGCCAGAUUCUCUUACACUAAACAAGAGUGAGCUUGAGGGAGAUGGAAGAACUUCAGAAACAUCAGCCACAGCCAGCAAUUGGGUAUUUUCAGACAGCCUUAAGCUUGUAAAAUAUAUUCAUAUCACAGAGAUGUCUUUGGAUACAUGUUAUACUUUCAUCUCCCAAGAAACAGUGGAACCUAGAUCCAUACAGCAUUAAAUGUCUGCAUUUGGGCAAUUAAGGAAUUUUUCAUAGAGUGAUCAAAGCUUUUAGUACUGUAGUCGUAAAUGUUCCAGGUUUUACCAAGUUGCUACAUGAUAUCCAGACAGUUUUCAGUGUUCUUUUCUGGAUGUGCUGCACUUAAUGUUUAGAAAAAAUAAUUCUCCAUCCAAACAAUUUAUUGCUACAGGUAUACUUUAAUUAAUUAAAUAGAUAUAUUCCUGGGCGAGAAAAAUUAGUGCCAGAAGCAGAAAUAACAUGGAAAAAAAUAGGGAUGGGUUUUGGCAUCACAAAAAUAAGUUCAACAUUUUCCAGCAAUUUAUAAUUGAAAAUUAACAAAAGCCAUAUAUGAAAUGAACCAUAUGAAAUUACGUUUUACGAUUUUGGAUCAUGUGAUUUUAAUGUUUAUAUUAGGUGUUUUAAUUCUAGGUUUUUAUUUCUAAAUGUUACAUCUUAUGUUUAAUGGUCUUAUUGAUUUUAACGCAGUUAUAUGUUUCUUGUUUAGAUUUUAUGAUUUGAUUUUACAUGUAUGUUCGGCAUUGAAUUUUGCCAAUAUUAUGUUGUAAACUGCUUUGAGUCCCCACAGGGGUGAGAAAAGUGGUAUAUUAAUACAGUAAAUAAGGCCACGUAUUGCUUGCACAAAGAACAAAAACAUUUUGUAAACUGCUUGCAAAUAGAUCCAGAAAUAUGUUUUUCUUUCUUUCAGCAGACUCCACUUUUUGUAUGUUUUCCAUUUUUGUAGCCAAAUUGAUGUGAUUUUUUUUAAAAAAAAAAAACAAGCUGGAGAUAGGAAAUGAGGCAAUCUUAAACCACUUUAUCCUUUUUGCAACUUUUUACUAUUCAAACGUAUGUUUUGCUGUUCAGCAAUGGAUUCUGGAAGCAGCUGCAGUUCACUUUGCCUAUUGUACACAUCUACAGCAGGAUCGACUAAAAUAAAAAGCUAUUCUUUCCCAGAUUUAUUAUAUUGUUUAAUGCAGAUACCUCCGGCGACCCAAUACAGAAAGUCUGUCCUUCUCAAACUCUCCUUCCGCUUACUCCCUAUGCUGAUCCAUUUUCCUUAUGAUUUCCAUAUUUUGUAACCAAACGUACAUAUCUGUGCUUCUUUAACAUGCUGGGGGUGGCUGGUGGGGCUGUGUUGCUAUUCAUGUAUGCUCAGUAAGCAAUUUGGGGUGCAGUUGCUGCUUAGCUUGCAAUGCGUAGCUACAGCCAAAGUAGAAUCCUAUUCUUUCUCAGCUCAUGUUUUGUUGUACUGUUUAGAACGGAUUUGUCAGUGCAACUCUUUACUGAUUGCUCUUAUGUUUCUCCCGUCUUCCUUUACUAUCCAUCCAAUGCCAAAUCUGUUUCAGACAGGGCAGAGAGGAACAACACACAUGUAGGCAGAAAAAUCAUGUGUAUAAAAGGAGUUUCUGUGUCAGAGGCUUUAAGUGAGAUAUGGCCCUAUUCGUUAGUAACUAUGGUUAAUAGAUAGUGAUAGCCCCUUUCGUUAAUUGAAUUAAUUUUCUAUCCAAGAGAUGUCAGCAUGGCUUGUGGCACUGAAUUUCAUAACACUAUGCAUAGUGCAUCCCUUUGUACCUGAUACCAGUCAGUUUAAUUGGGAAGCUGUUAACUAUCAUGAACAGAAUUUCUUCUGCCCCCCAAAUGUUAUAAUUUUAUAAGCAAUCACCAUGUUCCUCCUCCUCCAGAUUUUUUUCCUUUUGAGGAGGAGGUUAAAGAAUGAACAUGCUCACACUUUCAUAGUAUAAAACCAGUCUAGUCAGUUAAUCAUUGUAUUGCUCCUCUUUGUCUUGCUCCUUUCCCAGCUGUACAAUAUCUUUUUUGAGAGGGCAGGAUUGAGUUUGAACAGUAUUCCCAAAAAGGCUGCACUAUAGUGCUAUAUAGGGCGCAGCGGGUUAAACCGCUGGGCUGCAGAACUUGCUGACUGGAAGGCUGACAGUUCGAAUCCAUGGGAUGGGGUGAGUUCCCAUCGUUAGCCCCAGCUUCUGCCAACCUAGCAGUUCAAAAACAUACCAAUGUGAGUAGAUCAAUAGAUACCACUUCGGUGGAAAGGUAAUCAUGCUCGACACAUGACCUAGGAGGUGUCUAUGGACAAUGCCAGCUCUUCAGCAUAGAAAUUAAAAUUAGCACCACCAUCCCCAGAGUCGGACUCAACUAGACUUAAUGUCAAGGGAAAACCUUUACCUUUAUAGUGCUACAUAAAUAAACAUUUUGUGACUGGGAAAUUUAUUUUCAGUCCCUUCUCUAAUCUAGCUUAAAAUAGAAUUUGCCUUCCCUUGCCACUGAGGAAUUUACGGCACAGAGGUGGUGAACUGACACAGUAGCAGGAUCAUCACACUUGGUGAUGAUCCACACUGCAGAACAUGGUGCAAUACUUGUUCCUGGUCCACCAUCCCCACACAAUGAAGCCAUCAGGGACAUUAAAAUGCAUUUAUGUAUUCCCUCACUAUACAUUUUUAAAAAAUGAAAAAUGCCUGUAAGAAGUAAUUAUUAAAAAAAACAAAGAAGGGAAGCAACACAGCAAGAGCAUUUAUGCUGCCCGCCCAGAAGUACAGCUUCACAAAGCCGGUGACAUCACAUGAUUGUGAUGCCUUGGCAGUGCAAAGUCACCCAUCACUGUGAUAGUAUUAAAGUACAAAAAGUAAGUUGUUGGUAUUCCUGUUUUAUAGGAAUGGUGCAGAAUAAUGUCAGGCAUGUCAGUCACGCAGCUGGGACCAAGCUGCCACCAACUUAGGCAGCUUUUGUACCUGGUUCUGUGGAGGAUGAAGAUAGCUUGACCAUGGGUGAAGUGCAGAAGGGGCUUCUCUCAGUCAUCCAAAAGCUGAAAGGUUCUGAAGAACAGGAGUUGAGGAUUGUUCUGCUAGGGCUAGAUAAUGCUGGAAAAACCACGUUGCUAAAGCGCCUGGCAUCAGAAGAAGUCAACACCAUCACUCCCACACAGGGAUUCAACAUUAAAAGUGUCCACUCACAUGGGUUCAAACUUAAUGUGUGGGACAUCGGAGGACAACGGGCCAUCCGGACCUAUUGGAAGAAGUAUCUGGGCAGCACAGACAUGCUGAUUUAUGUUAUUGACAGUGCCGACCAGAAACGCUUUGAGGAGACUGGGCAGGAAUUGUCAGAACUGGUGGAAGAUGAGAAUCUUACUAGUGUUCCUUUACUAGUAUUUGCUAACAAGCAGGAUCUAGCAACAGCAUCCUCCGCAGCGGACAUUGCUGAAGGGCUGAACCUGCACACUUAUCGAGACCGACCAUGGCAAAUUCAAGCCUGCUCUGCCCUGUCUGGUGAAGGAGUUCAGGAUGGGAUGAACUGGAUUUGCAGCCAAAUCACAAGCCGGAAGAAAUGACAGUGCUGGUGAGCACAGAAAUUGAAUUUCCUCUACCAAAUUCCUGGAGGCAUACAAAAGGCGCACAACAAAAGGUGUAAUCACAAAAUUACCCAAAAAUCCAAAGUGAGAAAAGGCGUUACCCUAACAUUUCCAUGAGAGACCUGACCUGAUCAACAACAUCAAAAGAUUUAUUUUGUCUAAGAAAAACCCUAAACUGGAAAAUCAAGCCAGAAUUCCAGGAUUUAUCUAACAGCCAUCCCUGUGACAGAGUCCACACAUGAAGCAAUUUUAAAAAAUCACAAUAAGAACUCCAAGCAUAAAAUUAAUAUUGUUACUGUAGAUAUGCAGUUCACUCUAUAACAAGCUUAACAUAAUGAUCUCAUCUAUCAACAUAUUAAGAGAGGAUGUUUGCUGCUUAUAUGUAUGCUUUUGAUGCAUUUGUAUUUUCAAAGCAGCUCCAAGGGUGCAGUUAUAAUAUUUCCAGUCGUAACAGCCUUCAUUUACUCAAUUCACAAUUUACUGAUGGCAUAUUAAACUAAUAACAGAAGACGUUAUCUCAAGCUAAAUUGUGUAGGAUUUCCUUCAUUCCUAAAUGGAAUAGAAAAUCAACAAGAAAGAAGCCUACAAAUAAAAUCUCUAGGAAAGUCAUUUCAUCUGGUGCUCAUUACCCUCUGCUUUGAAAAUGCUGCAGAAAAUUCAAGAAUUUUAAAAAUAUGGGAUGUAAAUACACAUACAAUCUCUUGCAAGUGACAGAAAAGCUUCAGAUGGAUCACUUUUCAGGACCAGAAAACAGAAGUUCCACUUUCUAAACCUUUUCUACUCAUGAGGACCCGUGGGGGAAAAAAAUCAGGAAGAGAGACUGCACCUCCUAAAACUUAAUAUACUCUUCUAUUCCUGUUCUAAGGUGGAGCAUACUUGGUUCAAUAAAAUGGCCUGUAGCCUAA